AAUAAACCUACAUAUUCUUGAUGUAAAGUGGGUGGCUUAGGAUGCUUCGUCAAAAAGCUUUAGUCGAGGUGCUUGGUCAAGUGAACACAGCCGAGGUGUCAGGCGCUUUACUCUUCAAUCGAGAAGGACUUCUGCUCGCGUAUAGCGGUUAUGGUGACAGCAAAGACCAUGCAAACGUGUCAGCUGCUUUGAUAUCCAGUAUAUGGGAAUCAUUCGACAAGAAAGGUGGUAGAGAAGAUCUACAAGAAGCUAUGAUUGUCUGUGAGGAUGGUGUCAUGGCAGCUACUCGAGUUGCUAAUAUGCUUCUUGCACUGAAGGCUUCCAAAAAUUGUCAACUAGGACUAUAUCACGAAACGUAUAGAGGUAUGCCCAAUUCAUUCGCGUGUCAGCUCCUCAACCUCUAGUGGGUCUGAAUCGGGAUGAUCUUUGCAACACUGUCUUGUACAGAAUUGUAAUGUCUCAAUUAUACUGCGAUUGUGACUCAUAUGCUGUGAUUAUCUCUCAAUUAUCUAUUUUUCAGAUUCCUUCGUAAUUCAGUUUCCGCCUAGUCUUUAGAAUCUGCAAAUUCUCAAAAAUAUUGUCGAAUUCCUGUUGUUCACGCUCAAUUGCAUGCUUGUUCGAAAUUAUCAUUUAAUAAAGUUCUCACUUGCGUCGCAAGGGCGUGCUUUAUGUUCACCUGCUUUGGUGUAGAGGGAUUAUCGAGGUGUCUGCCUGAAAUUGACCUACCAUAUGCGCGCGAUAGCUGAGCCUUGCAUUCACGUUGACGCUCAUGAGCCAUCACAGCGCUGGCUGAGCGUGGC